CUCGCGCUGCCACCCCGAGCACCUCAUCCACCCACCACUCGAGUUUAUCAUCAGUCGUCAGGCGUGUCAGACACCGUAAACUGCGGGAUGAGUCAGUUCCCAUCUGUGGCUGGAGUGGUUCUGCUGCUGCUACUGCUGGCGUGUUCCUGUGUUACUGGAGAAAAGUGCUCAACGCCUGAGGAGGUUAAGUGCGCCAGCCACCACAAGUGUAUCCCGCUCCGCUACGUGUGUGACAACGACCAAGACUGUGACGACCACUCUGAUGAAGACCUCCACCUGUGCCGUGCAUGGCGGAACGACUGUAGCCGCGGGGAAGUGAGGUGCAAGAGGCAAGGCGAGUCCUCCUGCGUCAGUAUCCCCGCCUACUGCCGUAUGCAGUACCCGCCUUGUGAGGGGGACCUCGACCUGCGAAUUUGCCAGAUGCUACACAACAAGCAGCUACAGAGCCUGGACUCAGUCGUCCUCACAGAUUAUGGUCUUGGUGACAGUAACCUGGGUAUAACGCAGCAGGAGAAAGAAGAGUUCCUAUUGGCCGUCAACUCGACCCUCCAGCAUCCUGCCUGUCCCCCUCUCUACACCCUGCUGGACGGUGCCUGUCUGUCUGUCUUCUAUCCUGGUGCUGUGAGUUGGGGCGAGGCUCGAGGCUUCUGUAAGGUCAUUGGCGGCGACCUGCUGACUCUUAACAAUGUGAGCCAAUACACCGCCCUCCUCACACACCUCCACCACACCCGGAUGACCAGGGACUUUUGGGUUGGCGGUCGAUACGUGAACCACACCCAGGGCUGGACCUGGAUCAACCACGCUUCUAUCAACCUAGGAUCCCCUUACUGGGCCCUCAGGUACGAGGGCACCUGUCAGAAUCGUAACGUGACCUCCAGGAAGACGGGCAGGACGCGGCUGGCCAACGGUGGCACCUGCUACCACUACCAGCAAGCGCCCCACCACCACCCUGUGGGCUGGUGCGUCGCCCUCACCUACCAACAUUACUACUACAUGACCGACGAGGACUGUAUCCUGAGGAAAAGUCCUCUCUGUGUCUACACCCAUGAGGAUAUCCAACAGCUCACUUUGAUUUGAAGUUUUACUAGUUUUACUAAGAAUCACCUUCAGAAUAUGGUUGGUCAUUUUUAUGACUAGACUGAUAGUUUCGGUAAGACUUUAAGGUACUGAGGGCUUUAGUUUGUUGGAGGAUUUUUUUGUAAAUGUUUCAGCUGCCAGAAAUAAUAAGAGUAUGCCUUUCUACUAAGUCUACAAAAAAAAUCUUAAAAUACUAUACAUCGUUGCUCGGUCAGUAAAGUCUUGUCCCCAGUCAUGAUUUUUUGUGAACUCCCGACUAGUCACCAGCGACAACAUUUGAUGUAUCUUAUACCAUUCUUCUUACAUACAGAAUACUGUAGAACUGUAAGAUCUGUGGUUAUAAAUUUGUAGUAAAAUUUAUUCGUGGGCUGAAUUUUCACACACCUUGAUGUUAACAUCGUAGCUCAUAAUAAAAAUUCAUCAUUAAAUGGCGGUUUACUAA